AUGCCCCAGCUUGCUUCCACCGAGGAACCAGUCUUGCCUACGAGUCCGACAUCGGGCGGUGCAGUGGCCUACACCAACAACAAGGACUUGCUGCCUACAAUGGAUGCUGCGGUGAUCACCCCGGCCUCUAUCCCCGUCCGGGGUGGCAGUGACCGGCUCGUCGCCCUCGAACUGGAGGAUGGCACCGUCUACCAGGGCUACAACUUUGGCGCCGAGAAGAGUGUGGCCGGCGAACUGGUCUUCCAGACGGGUAUGGUUGGCUACCCUGAGUCCAUCACUGACCCCUCAUACCGCGGCCAGAUCCUGGUCAUCACUUUCCCGCUGGUGGGCAACUACGGUGUGCCCUCGCGAGACCAGAUUGACGAACUGCUCAAGCUCCCCACGUACUUUGAGUCGAGUGAGAUCCACGUCGCAGCGCUGGUGGUGGCAACUUACGCCGGCGAGGACUUCUCGCACUUCCUGGCGCAAUCUUCACUGGGCCAGUGGCUCAAGGAGCAGGGAGUUCCCGCCAUGCAUGGCGUGGACACCCGUGCUCUAACCAAGCGCAUUCGUCAGAAGGGUAGCAUGCUGGGCCGCAUGCUGCUCCAGAAGGCCAGCGAAACCAACGGCGUCGCCGCUGGUGUCGUCGGUGCCGACUGGAAGUCGCAUUUCGAGCAGAUCGAGUGGGUGGAUCCCAACAAGAAGAACCUCGUUGACGAGGCCCAAGCUCUACUCCCCCCGGCUGAUGUUGCCCUCAAGCACCCUUCGGGUCGUCCCGUUCGGGUUCUGUGCUUGGAUGUUGGUAUGAAGUAUAACCAGCUGCGCUGUCUGCUCUCCCGUGGUGUUGAGGUCAUGGUUGUGCCGUGGAACUACGAUUUCCCCACCCUGGCCGGCAAGGACUACGACGGUCUGUUUGUCUCUAACGGUCCCGGUGACCCUGCAACCCUGACCACCACCAUCGACAACUUGGCCAAGACUCUGAAGGACGCGCGGACGCCGGUCUUCGGUAUCUGUCUGGGUCAUCAGCUAAUUGCCCGCUCCGUGGGCGCCACGACCACCAAGAUGAAGUUUGGUAACCGCGGCCACAACAUUCCUUGCACCAGCAUGAUCUCUGGGAAGUGCCACAUCACCUCUCAGAACCACGGUUUCGCUGUGGACGCCUCCAGCCUCCAGAACGGCUGGGAGGAGCUGUUCGUGAAUGCCAACGAUGGUAGCAACGAGGGUAUCCGCCACACCAGCCGCCCCUUCUUCAGUGUUCAGUUCCACCCCGAGAGCACCCCUGGUCCCCGGGAUACGGAGUACCUGUUCGAUGUCUUCAUCAAGACUAUCCUGAACACCAUUUCUUCUCCCGAGGCCCUGAGCAAGCCAGUGGAGUUCCCCGGUGGCCUCAAGGCUGACAACAUCAAGGCCGCACCCCGGGUGCACGUGAAGAAGGUCCUCGUUCUAGGCAGUGGAGGUUUGAGCAUUGGCCAGGCCGGAGAGUUUGAUUACUCUGGUAGCCAGGCCAUCAAGGCGCUGAAGGAGGAAGGUAUCUACACCAUCCUGAUUAACCCCAAUAUUGCCACCAUUCAAACCUCGAAGGGUCUGGCCGACAAGGUCUACUUCCUUCCCGUGAACGCCGAGUUUGUUCGGAAGGUUAUCAAGCAUGAGCGUCCUGAUGCCAUCUACGUAACCUUCGGUGGCCAGACUGCCCUCUCAGUUGGUAUUCAGCUCAAGGAUGAGUUUGAGGCUCUUGGUGUCCAGGUCCUGGGUACACCUAUUGAUACCAUCAUCACCACCGAGGACCGUGAGCUGUUCGCUCGCAGCAUGGACUCUAUCAACGAGAAGUGUGCCAAGUCCGCUUCCGCGUCCACUCUCGAGGAGUCUCUGAGGGUCGUUCAGGACAUUGGCUUCCCCGUCAUUGUUCGUGCUGCCUAUGCUCUGGGUGGUCUUGGCAGUGGCUUCGCUGAGGACAUGGAUCAGCUGAAGGAACUUUGUACCAAGGCCCUGGCCGUCAGCCCCCAAGUGUUGAUUGAGCGUAGUAUGAAGGGCUGGAAAGAGAUCGAGUACGAGGUUGUUCGUGAUGCUCAGGACAACUGCAUCACCGUCUGCAACAUGGAGAACUUCGAUCCCCUCGGUAUUCACACCGGCGAUUCUAUCGUCGUCGCCCCCUCCCAAACUCUCUCCGACGAGGACUAUAAUAUGCUGCGGACGACUGCAGUCAAUGUUAUUCGCCACCUUGGUGUUGUUGGCGAAUGUAACAUUCAGUACGCCCUGAACCCCUUCUCUAAGGAGUACUGCAUCAUCGAGGUCAAUGCCCGUCUGUCCCGUUCCUCGGCCCUGGCCUCCAAGGCCACCGGUUACCCACUUGCCUUCAUUGCCGCCAAGCUGGGUCUGGGUAUCCCUCUGAACGAGAUCAAGAACUCCGUCACGAAGUCCACUUGCGCCUGCUUCGAGCCCUCGCUCGACUACUGCGUGGUCAAGAUUCCCCGCUGGGAUUUGAAGAAGUUCACCCGAGUCUCCACCCAGUUGGGUUCCUCCAUGAAGUCCGUUGGUGAAGUUAUGAGCAUUGGUAGAACCUUUGAAGAAGCCAUUCAGAAGGCUAUCCGGUCUGUUGACUUCCACAACCUCGGUUUCAACGAGACCAGCGCCCUCAUGUCCAUCGAGGCCGAGCUCCAGACUCCUUCCGACCAGCGUCUGUUCGCCAUUGCCAACGCCAUGGCCGCUGGCUACAGUGUUGACGAUAUUUGGAAGCUGACCAACAUUGAUAAGUGGUUCCUGAGCCGCCUCAAGGGCCUGAGCGACUUCGGAAAGUCUAUGGCUUCUUUCAAUGCCACCACGGUGCCCAUCAACAUGAUCCGCCAGGCCAAGCAGCUUGGUUUCUCUGAUCGUCAGCUUGCUAAGUUCCUGAGCUCCAAUGAGCUUGCUGUGCGCCGCAUGCGUGUUGAGGCCGGUAUCACGCCCAUCGUCAAGCAGAUCGAUACCGUCGCCGCCGAAUUCCCGGCUGUGACCAACUAUCUGUACCUCACAUACAACGCCUCUGAGCACGACCUGACCUUUGACGAUCAUGGUAUCAUGGUUCUGGGUUCUGGUGUCUACCGUAUUGGUUCGUCUGUCGAGUUCGAUUGGUGUUCCGUGCGCACUAUCCGUACUCUCCGAGAGCAGGGCUACAAGACCAUCAUGGUUAACUACAACCCUGAGACCGUCAGUACCGAUUACGAUGAGGCCGAUCGUCUGUACUUCGAGAACAUCAACCUCGAGACUGUCCUCGACAUCUACCAGCUGGAAACCUCGAGCGGUGUUGUUAUCUCUAUGGGUGGUCAGACUCCUAACAACAUUGCUCUGCCUCUCCACCGCCUGAACGUUAACAUCCUGGGUACAUCCCCCGAGAUGAUCGAUAGCGCCGAGAACCGUUACAAGUUUUCCCGUAUGCUUGACCGCAUCGGUGUCGACCAGCCUGCUUGGAAGGAGCUGACCAGCAUUGAGGAGGCCCGCACGUUCUGCGACAAGGUCGGCUACCCUGUGCUGGUCCGUCCUUCUUACGUGCUCUCGGGUGCUGCUAUGAAUACAGUCUACUCCGAGCACGACCUGGCCAACUACUUGAACCAGGCCGCUGAUGUCUCCCGUGAGCACCCUGUCGUCAUUACCAAGUACAUUGAGAACGCCAAGGAGAUCGAGAUGGAUGCCGUCGCUCGCAACGGUGUUAUGACCGGCCACUUCAUCUCGGAGCACGUUGAGAACGCCGGUGUGCACUCUGGUGACGCAACUCUCAUCCUGCCUCCCCAGGAUCUGAGUGCGGAGACUGUGCGUCGCAUUGAGGAGGCGACCAGCAAGAUCGGUAACGCUUUGAACGUCACUGGUCCUUACAACAUCCAGUUCAUCGCCAAGGAUAACGACAUCAAGGUCAUUGAGUGCAACGUUCGUGCUUCGCGUUCGUUCCCCUUCGUCUCCAAGGUCAUGGGUGUGGACCUGAUCGAGAUGGCCACCAAGGCUAUGAUUGGCAUUCCCUUCACUGAGUACCCCCCUGUCAGCGUCCCGAAGGACUACGUCGGUGUCAAGGUCCCCCAGUUCUCCUUCUCUCGUCUCUCGGGUGCUGAUCCCGUCCUGGGUGUGGAGAUGGCCUCGACUGGUGAAGUUGCUUCCUUCGGUCGUGACAAGUAUGAGGCCUACUUGAAGGCUCUGCUGUCCACUGGCUUCCGCCUGCCCAAGCGCAACAUCCUGUUCUCCAUUGGUUCAUUCAAAGAGAAGAUGGAGAUGCUGCCUUCUAUCCAGAAGCUGCACCAGCUUGACUACAACCUGUUUGCUACCGCUGGUACUGCCGAUUUCCUGAAGGAGCACGGUGUUCCUGUCAAGUACCUCGAGGUCCUGCCUGGCCAGGAGGACGACAUUAAGUCUGAGUACUCUCUGACUCAGCACUUGUCCAACAACUUGAUCGAUCUGUACAUCAACUUGCCGUCCAGCAACCGCUUCCGCCGCCCUGCCAACUACAUGUCGAAGGGUUACCGCACUCGUCGUAUGGCUGUGGACUACCAGACGCCCCUGGUGACGAACGUCAAGAACGCGAAAAUUCUGAUUGAGGCCAUCGCCCGCCACUACCCUCUGGAAAUCCAGACUUCUGACUUCCAGACCAGCCACCGCACCGUGGUUCUGCCUGGCCUGAUCAACAUCGCCGCCUUCGUUCCGGAUCUUGCCACCUUCGGUUCCAAGGACUUUGAGCAGGUCACCAAGGCCUCUAUUGCCGCUGGUUUCUGCAUGGUCCGCGUGAUGCCUGUGGGUGUCGAGAGCUCGAUCACCGAGGCCAGCGAUCUGAAGAUCGUUCAGCAGAAUGCUCAGGAACAAGCAUACUGCGACUUCAACCUGUCGGUUGCUGCCACUGCCGACAACUCGGACCAGGUCAUCCAGGUGACUAGCGAGGUGGGCUCUCUCUUCAUCCCUUUCAACCACCUGUCUGGCAAUAUCAAUAAGGUGGCUACUGUGACCAACCACUUUGGAGCUUGGCCCUCGAACAAGCCUCUGAUCACCGAUGCCAAGGGAACUGAUUUGGCUUCGAUCCUCCUGCUGGCUAGCCUGCACAGCCGCAAUGUCCACGUUAUGAGCGUGACCUCCAAGGAGGAUAUCAAACUCAUUGCCCUCAGCAAGGAGAAGGGCCUGAAGGUGACCUGCGACGUCUCCAUCUUCUGCCUGUUCCUGUCUCAGGUCGAGUUCCCCGCCUGCAGCUCUCUGCCCUCUGCCGAGGACCAGAAGGCUCUCUGGGAUCACCUGAGCACCAUUGAUGUGUUCUCUAUUGGCAGCAUUCCCUACCAGCUUGCUGGUAAGGAGGCUACCCCCCAAUCUGGCAUUGCUGAGUCGCUUCCCCUACUCUUCAGCGCUGUUGCGGAGGGCCGCCUGACCGUGGAGGACGUUACUGCUCGCCUCUAUGACAACCCCAAGAAGAUCUUCGAACUGCAUGAUCAGGCCGACUCCUCUCUUGAGAUCGAGAUUGACCGUCCUUAUCUAUUCCAGAGCCCCAGUGGCACCUGGUCUCCCUUCAACGGAAAGACGAUGCGUGGCUCCGUCCAGCGCGUGGUCUUCCAGGGCAAGACUUCCUGCCUUGAUGGUGCGCUCUCCAAGGAUGCUGUCAAGGGUACUGACAUGUCUGCACACCGCAUCAUCCCUACCUCCCCCGUGCACAAGCCCACUACUCCCAUGGUUCGCCCUGAGAGUGCACUGGAUCGACAGACUACCCCCAGCCGUCACGCUCGUGCUCGGGCUCUGGAUGCCUCCGUCCCUCCUAUCAGUGAGCUUGGACCUCCUCUGUACGGCCCGUCCGCCCAGAUGUCGUCCUCUCUGUACGAUAUGCUCUCGCGCUCUCCCUUCCGCGGCAAGCACGUCCUGUCCGUUAACCAGUUCACUCGCUCGGACCUGCACCUGCUUUUCACUGUCGCUCAGGAAAUGCGCCUCGGUGUUCAGCGCCAGGGUGUCCUUGACAUCCUCAAGGGCCGUGUUCUGGCCACUCUCUUCUACGAGCCCUCCACCCGCACGUCCGCUUCCUUCGAUGUGGCUAUGCAGCGCCUGGGUGGCCGCACCAUUCCCAUCGCGACCGAGCACUCCUCCACUCAGAAGGGUGAGACUCUCCAGGACACCCUCCGCACUCUCGGCUGCUACGCUGAUGCCGUGGUCCUGCGCCACCCCAGCCCCAACAGCACCGACAUUGCGGCCAAGUUCUCCACUGUGCCGAUCAUCAACGGUGGCAACGGCUCCAUUGAGCACCCCACCCAGGCCUUCCUGGACUUGUUCACUAUCCGUGAGGAGCUGGGCACUGUCACCGGCUUGACCAUCACCUUCACUGGUGAUCUCAAGUAUGGCCGUCCCGUGCACUCUCUGAUCAAGCUGCUCCAGUUCUACGAUGUCCGUGUGCAGCUGGUCUCCCCCAAGGAGCUGGCCCUGCCCGAGGAGGUCCGCCAGCAGAUCGUGGCCUCUGGCCAGCUGGUCUGCGAGUCUGAGGAAUUGACUCCAGAGAUUGUCGCUCGCUCCGAUAUCCUGUACUCCACCCGUGUGCAGAAGGAGCGCUUCUCGGACCUUGCCCAGUACGAGCGUCUGAAGAACAGCUUCAUCAUCGACAACGCUUUGCUGAAGUAUGCGAAGAGCCACAUGGUUGUUAUGCACCCGCUGCCGCGCAACGCCGAGAUCGCCGAGGAGGUUGAUUUCGACCAGCGGGCUGCCUACUUCCGCCAGAUGAGAUAUGGCCUGUACUGCCGCAUGGCGCUGCUGGCCCUGGUCUUGGCACCCUAA